GGGUGAUCCGUUUUUGGGAGACCACCAUAUAAUGUCACAACACCUGUCCACAAAUAAUCUAAAGGAAUCGCUGCCUGCCGAGGACCCAGGCUCAGAUGCAGACCCAGGUUCUGCAACCCAGACUGCGCAUCGGUAGCAGCUCAGCGAUGGAGCAGACAGAGGCUCGCUCUGAGAAGAUCCAUCACCUAAAACCAUCUGAACUUCUUAAUCCAGAUCUAUCCUCGGAUUUUAACAGGAGUUCUCCACAGACGCAAUACGUUCCCCAGCACAGAGAAACUGAAAGGUGAGCCGAUGGAGAUGGUCAGCAGGACGGGGUUUGCAGGGUUAACUUCUGCCCCGUCACUGUUGCGGAUGCUGACAGAGAAAGAUCUUCAGAUCAUUGUUCUGAAACCCUUAAAUCAACGCAAACAGUCUGCACGACCCGAUGACAUCUGCAGAGUCAGAGAGGUGUUUCAGUGAAGAGGAUCAAGUGGUUUCUCCUCAGCAGGGGACAGUAACGCUGAAGUUGCUGCACCAUGAAGCAGGAGUUCAUCCACAAAUCUGGCUUCAACGAAGAGGUUAAUAACCUUCUUACACCCAGACAAGUCGUCAGAGUGAGCUUCUCUUUAAAUAAGGGGUCUUCAGCGGUCACAGCUCCACAGGGACAGAGGAUGAAUGAUGAAGAACCAGAAGAAAUAUGGAGGUGCAGCAGGGCCACAAGAACCUGGGUGGCAGAGAUUUCUGUCUUUGUCUACAUCUUCCACCGACUGACUCAGUGGUCCGUGUGGACCACAGUGGAGCAGCAGCAGGAGGGAGUAGGAGAUGUGGAGUCAUUAUGUGUCUAAGCUCUUUGUUAGCAGGAUUGGGGCGGAUUAAGGUGGAUGACCAGCUCAGGUAAAUCUUAGACAUCCGGAUUAGAUCUGAAGUCACGGAAAAGUAAAGGUUCUUACUGGGUUUUUAUCGGUCAGCCACCUGCUCUUCAUCACUGAGCCUCUUCAUCAGUUUACCUUAAACCUUAAAGCAGAUCUCAGAGCUGCAGCCCUGAAAUCCUGCACAUUUACACCAGAAAACAGAUAAAAAUGCUGCAUUUUACACUCAGUCACACAGUAAAAUAAUCAGGUUGAAACUGAAUGCACAAAAUACUAAUUUGAUGUUGCUUUUUUUUAUAUUUCAUAUGUACAAUAACUCAGUAUUUCAGCCAAACAAGCACCAACAACCCUGAUGGAAUGAAUUUAUUAAAGAUGCUGACUGAUGGUUUACGGUUUAAGAUGUUGCGAUGGUGAAGGACACCAGCAGGCUCAUGGUGGAUGGAUGUUUUAAUAAAAGGACGAUGAACUUACAGGACAUGAAGGAACCACCAGGGAGACAGCAACGACAACAGUGAUAAUAACAAGGACCACAACAUCCGAGCCGACAACGAGGGGACAGAAAACAGCAACUUAAAUAUAAUAAGAUGUUCACAUAUUAAUGAGUGAAUGUUACCCUGAAGGUUGAUGGUCUGGUCACUGAGUUCUGAGCAGAACAAACAUUUAUCCUCAUUUGUAAACUAUUAAAAAGACAGCCAAUCACUGCUCACCAGUCAUCAGAGGAUUGUGUAGAAACUUACAUAAUUAACAUCAAUUCAUUUUCUAUGAAACUUAACAUAUUUCCUACAGAAAAAUGUGGAUUUGCUGCAGUUUUUCCAAGGAAAACUCACAGAUUCAACCAUUAAAAACCAAACCGUGUCUGAAACAUUAAUUUUGUGUUUAAACGGGAUGGGCUGUAUGAUAUGAGUCUGUUUAUUUUGUGUCUUUACUAUAAGAAGAUUAAAGUGUCCGAAGCAUUUAAUCCGUAAAGUUUGUGAAAAGCUGGGUAGAUUAUCUUUCCUUUAAGUGGUUUAUGGGUGUAUAUAAAGGGGCUGAAGGCACUCGCUGACGUAGCAGAAGCUCAGGGUAAAGAUGGGGAAGCAUUUUAACCUGUAUGAGAACAUUUCCAAAAUGGACCCCUUCGAGGGGCCCCAGUAUUACAUUGCCCCAUCGUGGGCAUUUCACCUGCAGACCUUCUUCAUUGGCUUUGUCGUCUUCGCAGGGACGCCGUUAAACUUUUUGGUCCUCCUGGCCACAGCUAAGUACAAGAAGCUCAGAGCUCCUCUAAACUACAUCCUGGUCAACAUCUCCUUAGCUGGCUUCAUUUUCCUUACCUACUCCAACACCCAGGUGUUCCUCGCCAGCUUGAGAGGCUACUACUUCCUGGGUUACACCUUGUGUGCGUCGGAAGCUGCUGUUGCCGCUGGAACAGGUCUGGUGACAUCCUGGUCGCUUGCUGUGCUUUCAUUUGAAAGAUACGUGGUGAUCUGUAAACCAUUUGGAGCCUUCAAGUUUAGCAGCACUCACGCUGCCAUCGCUGUGGCCUUCUGUUGGAUCAUGGGAAUGGGUGCUGCCUCACCACCUUUCUUUGGCUGGAGCAGGUUCAUCCCUGAAGGGCUAAAUUGUGCAUGCGGGCCUGACUGGUACACCAACAACGAGGAGUUAGGAACCACCAGCUACAUGUACUUCCUGCUGAUCACCUGCUUCUGCAUACCUCUGUCCAUCAUCAUCUUCUCCUACUCCCAGUUGCUGGGAGCUCUGAGAGCUGUUGCAGCCCAGCAAGCAGAGUCUGCAUCCACCCAGAAGGCAGAGAAAGAGGUAUCAAGGAUGAUCAUUGUGAUGGUGGGCUCCUUCGUCACCUGCUACGCACCGUACGCACUGACAGGUCUUUGGUUUGCCAACUCUACAGCUGUGGACAAAGACUAUCGGCUUGUCACCAUCCCGGCGUUCUUCUCCAAGAGCUCCUGCGUCUACAACCCUCUCAUCUACAUCUACAUGAAUAAACAGUUUAAUGCCUGCAUCAUGGAAAUGGUGUUUGGAAAGAAAAUGGAGGAAGCUUCUGAAGUGUCUGCAAAGACUGAGGUGUCCACAGCUUCGUAAUGUUUGGAGCAAACCUCAGAAGGACGUGACUUCCCCAAAGGACUUUUACAUAUCUGACUUCAAAUGACCUACAGAAAACGCCACCAUGUAAAUAAAGUUUAUAUAUAAGACACCAGAUGAUAUUUUAUUGUAGAUUGCAUUAGUUUAGAUAAAAGCAACAAAAAUCUAAUAAAAAUGUAUUCAAUUUA